GCUGCAACUCUGGUCGCAUCGGUGGCCGCAAACGCUGUACAGUGUUUCCAAUUCUCCCUUGAAAAAGUGGCGCUCGACUUCCCGGUUGGCUCCCGCGUACGGAUAAAGCACGGUAGUAAGGGAACUGCCUUGACAACGGGCUCGCUCUCUUUCCGCCGAUGGGAUGGCGAACAUGGCAGAGAUUCGGCUGCAACACCGAUCCAGUAUGGCACUACGACGAAUGCAUAAGCGAGAAUCUUAUCUCAGACAUGGCCGACCGUAUGCUGAUGGACGGUUACCGCCAGGCCGGCUAUGAGUAUCUGAUUGUGGACGACUGCUGGAGUGAUAAAUCCAGAGAUGCCCAGGGAAACCUAGUGGCUGAUCCCGGCCGCUUUCCCAGCGGAAUGAAAGCUGUCGUAGACUACGUACAUUCCAGAGGCCUCAAGUUUGGCAUAAACGCGGGCAUUGGUGCGAAGACGUGCAAUGGGUAUCCGGGAAGCCUCAAUAACUUCGAGCGUGACGCCAAGACGUUCGCCGACUGGGGCGUCGACUUCGUCAACGUAGAUGGUUGCAACAUGAACCCCAGGAACAUGGAUGAACUGUACUCAAAAUUUGGACGAGCUCUGAAUGCUACUGGGCGACCGAUGCUCUACUCUUGCGAAUGGCCCAUGUACCUUGCGCAGUCCGGUAUCACGCCCGACUACGAGAAAAUAGCCGGGACAUGCAACAUCUGGCGAAACUUCGCCGCUGUGACGUACAACUGGAGCCAAAUAUACGAUGCGGUGCAGUAUGAAGCCAAACAUCAUGACCUUCUGGCGAACGUCACAGGUCCGGGCGCCUGGACUGACUACGGCGCGCUGGUGCUGGGCAACUACGGUCUGUCCGAGUCCCUGCAGCGUUCUCAGAUCGCGUACUGGGCCGUGGCGCCCUCCCCAGCGAUCCUGUCGGUGGACUUGCGCAGCGUGGGCUACGCAGCACGCUCCCUGUUGCUCAGCCCGUUCGUGAUCGCCGUCAUCCGGGACCCACUGCGAGCCACGGCAAGCCGACUGCCACAGAAAAAUGACCUUGACGUGUGGGUCCGUUGGGUAAUGCCUCGACUUCCCAGCGGCGACAGCUCCAUGGUGCUGAUGAUACACAACCCGAGCAUUCGUGGAGGGCCAGCUGCCUUCGAGAUUACCAUCCAAGAUUUAGGCUUGCACAACCCUCGCGGUUACGUGCUGCAGGACGUGCUCAACAACAAUGCACUCAUAGGCCUGUUUUACCCGGGGCAGACGCUCAGCGUCGCUGUUCCACCACUGGACGCCAUCCUCUUCAAGGCGACUAUCACCGACCGGUGAUGGCAGGAGACACACCACCUGCCUACAUGG